AUGACUGACGCAUUCAAGAUGAGCGACUUCAGCUUGCUUCACUACUAUCUUGACACUGAAGUCAAGCAUAGUGUGAGGGGCACCUUGAUCAGCCAAGGAGCCUAUGCCACCAAGAUUCUAGAGAGGAGCGGGAUGGCAGGGUGCAAUCCCUGUCAAGUACCAAUGGCAACAUGUCUGAAACUGAGUAAGAUGAGCACAGAGCCGCUGGUGGAUGCAACAGCGUACACAAGCAUCGUGGGGAGUCUCAAGUACCUAGUCAAUACUCAUCCAAAUUUGGCAUUUGUGGUUGGCUAUGUGAGUCGUUUUCUAGAAGAGCCACGAAAGGAUCACUUGGCUGCUGUGAAGCAAAUUCUCCGCUAUGUGGCGGGAACCAAGAGCUGGGGUCUCAGGUAUGAAAGGAAAAAGGAGAAGCAAGUCUAG